CGCCCCCUGCUCGCUGCCACGCCCGCCUCCUCCGCCGCCCACGAUGAUCCCGCUGCACCGCACCCUCGCCCGCUCGCCGUCCACGCCGCUGCAGCUGCCCAGCCCGCAGCCGGCUCCCCAUCUGCUCGCGCCCUCUGCCUCCUUCGACUCCUCGCACGACAGGCCGCAGGUGCUGUCCCCGCUCGAGGUCGCCCGCAUCUCCUACUUUCCCUCCUCCGCCUCAGCCAGCCCCAAGCUCGGCAUGAACACCCCCGUCCGAUUCGUCCGCCCCGGCCGUCCCUCCGCGUCCCUCGACGUUCAGCCGGCCUACACCGCCUCCAUGCCAUCCAGCCACGCUAUGCACCCGCCUCCCUUCGAGCGCUUCCAGUUCAGCGCCGCCUUCCGCGACCGCGCCAACAUCGCACAACCCACCCAGCCUCCCUCGCGCACCCGCCUCGUCCUCAACAGGCUCAAGGCGCGCACCAGCCGUCUGCCGCGGAAGCUCGGCCUCAGCUCAGGACGGUCUGCCCACCUCCGCCCGCCGCGCGUUCCGUCCGACCCGGAGCUCGCCUUCCAGGACGAACAGCAUCGCAAGCACCUCUGCUGGCGGUGCCGCAAAGCCGGUGGGCGGCAGACGGGCUGCCGCGCGUUCAAGACGCCUGCAUCUCCCGACGAGAUGGUCAAGGCCAUGGGCUAUCACUUCGACACCAUGGACAUCUCCGCCGUCUUGGCCGGAGUGUCUUGAGUGCAUCAGGAUGUAUAGAGUUUUUCUACUUGCGCUCGUGCCUCGGUCGUCCUCCAAUAUAUCUGCC